AUGGUUCACGGUCAAAUUCCGCAGGGAUGUGGUCUCGUGAAUGCCAAGUUGGACGAGUUUUAUUGGGAAUGGUUGAUGCAACCGGAGUCGGUGCAGCUCAUCCGGCAGAUCAUCCACAAUGCGGAGGAUCCCACUGCUGAGGCGAUUCGUCUGGUGAGGUCAGCAGAGGACAAAACUGAUCUCCUGUCUGCGCUACCCGACGAUUGCGAUGAAUGCGACGGCAGGCUGUCGCUGCUGCAGCUGCAGGUGCAGAAGGCGAACUCAUCCGAUGCCACCGAGCAGGUGCCGAUGAUCGCAUAUCCCAAGAAGUACUGCCAGCAUUGCGGCGAAAUGGCCUUCUGCCACCGUGCCAGCAACCCGGGCUGUGGCGGCCGCGCCUCUGGCGGAGUGGCCUCCUUCAACAACCACGUCAGGGCCAAGGGAUGCAAAUCCAAUCCCACCUUGACCAUACCUAGAUCGUACAUGAGGGAUAUCAGCGCCCUGGGCCACUUUGGAGGACCUGUGUGCCGUGAUGAGCAAUACCAUGGAUGCGGAUCGGAUCGCUUCCUACUGGUUGAGGUGCCAGCGCUUAGCGCGAGUCCUCAUCAGUUGCACCUGCGUGGCACGCCUGGGGGCAGGCCUUCCCCACCGGGCUCACCACAUCGGACCAAUGUGGGCUUCAGCAGAGAUGAUACAGAGCAUUCCGCUUUACCAUCUCCGCAGAGCCCUCCGAUCACUCCAGCUCCGACGCCACCUCCACCCAAGGAACCAGAGAUGCCAUCCCCUCCGCCUGAACGUCCAGUGAGUCCUGGAAAUGGACCCACAGGUGUGGGGAACUUGAUGCUGGCGACCAAAUCCCAGACCAUUCCCCGCUUCUGGUGGCCAAAGCGAGAUCAAAUCUCAGAACUUGGCCAAGAGUACAAAGAUCAGAUCCACAGCAUCUUUCUCAAGCAGGGCAUCACUGAUGGUAUCAAGACCUGGGAGCAGUGUGAGCCCAUCGUGACUGAAGUCUUUAAGCUCUCCAAGUAUUUUGCUGCUCCAAUUUUCCACAAGAUGAAGGUCUUCUACGAUAUCAUUGACCGCUCUUCCAUUUCCAAGCGCGACGCAAUGAUGGUAGCAACUCCCGUGCCUAUCACCGAGAUGAUGGUCAUCGGCUGGGCCAACAGGAAAAUCCAACCUGAGGAUCCCACGCUGAGCUUCUACUCAGUUGUGAAGAAGGAUCACAACGAUUGGAUCGAGAAGGAGGACUUCGACAUCUUCUUGCACGCGAUCCUCAUGACCCAUCCGGGCUUAGAAUUUCUGCUGGAAACACAGGAGUUCCAAGACAGGUACUCCGACACAGUAACCAGCCGCAUUUUCUACAUCUAUGACCGAAAAGGUACUGGGCGAAUUCACUUGCAGAAUCUGCGGCGAUACCAGCCGUCCAUUAUUGAGACCUGGAAGCAGCUGGAGGAGUUUGACGACAUGAAAAUGAUUCGAGACUACUUCAGCUAUGAGCACUUCUAUGUCAUCUAUUGUACUUUUUGGGAGUUGGACUCUGACCAUGACUUCUUGCUCGACAAAGAUGAUUUGCUGAAGUAUGAUGGGCAUGCGCUGUCAAGAAGAACAGUGGACCGCAUCUUCAGCGAGGUCACCUGGAAGUUCACCUCAGCCGUCCCUGGCAAGAUGGGCUAUGAGGACUUCAUUCAUUUUCUGCUGAACGACCAGGAUCAGAUCACUGAUAGAUCGAUUGAGUUCUGGUUCAACAUCUUUGACCUCGACGUCUCGACCUUGACAUUUGCUGUGUCAACAGCUGGUCCUGGGGAUGGCCAGGGCAUAAAAGUGCUGAAAAUCCAGCAGUUCCAAGGCCGAUGGCGUGGUGCGAGAUCACGAGCUCCGUUUUGCCCACAACCAUCCGCUUCCGGUGCUUCUCGACUCGUUCCUCGCAUCCUUUCCGCGACCAUGGCUGACCGCAAGGCUGUGAUCAAGAACGCCGACAUGGCCGAGGACAUGCAGCAGGAUGCCAUCGACUGUGCCACGCAGGCUUUGGAGAAGUACAACAUUGAGAAGGAUAUCGCAGCUUUCAUCAAGAAGGAAUUCGACAAGAAAUACAAUCCGACUUGGCAUUGCGUUGUGGGCCGUAACUUUGGCUCGUAUGUCACACACGAGACCAAGCACUUCAUCUAUUUCUAUUUGGGUCAGGUGGCGAUUCUGGUCUUCAAGUCCGGAUGA